UGUUGCUGUCCUGCCGGUAUUGGAGGCCGUUGUAAGCAUGUAGCAGCUACUUUGUUCCAGCUUCUGGAUUACGUAGAACUAGGCCUGUCCGAUAUACCAGAUGACAAGACAUGCACUCAAGAAAUACACAAAUGGCAUGUUCCAAAAAAAUCCACCAAACAUAAAGCUCUAUUGUUCGAAGACUUAAUUUUCCCCCAGGACACAUAUGAAAAGGACAAAAAGGGACGCAAACGUGCUGUGGUAGAAGGUAAAAGAGACAGUUAG